AUGCCUGGCGACCCGAGCCCGAGCCCGCCGCGCAAACCGACACCGCACCAACCACCGCCCGCAUCCUCGCUCCUCGGCCGCAGGAACCGCCACAAGCGCACGACCGACCCGAUCGGCCCACCCACCGCCGUACUCGACCCGUUGGCCUACGUCGAGCGCGUCGAGCAGGCCCUCGACGAGGCGAGCUACCUCGUCGACGAGGUCGAGGCGGGCUGGGCUGCUCUCGACGGCGACGAGAGGGCCAGGCUCAAGAACCGGUGCAGCGUCGCCGACCUGCUCGAGCAGACGUCGUCCACCUACGACGACUCGUGGGCGCGCGCCGACAUCCACCAGUGGACCAACUUCCGCUGGCUACCGCCGCCACCCCUGUACCCUCACGAGCCCCAAGUCGACAGCGACGACGACGACGGCGCGACCCCUAUCGCCCUCAUGGACCCGCAGGAAGAGCACAAGGCGUGGUCCGGCGUGACGCUCGAGGGCCACCCCGAUGUCGAGCGCUGCUUCGAGGCGGCCGAGCAGUCGUCUCUCGCUAUCCUCAAGCCGCCGCAAGUCUGGCACUUUGUCCGCAAGAGUGGCCUCGCCGACUACAACGCACUCCCAGCUCUGCGCCCGUCCAAGCCCGGCGGUCCGCGUCCCAAGAUCCAGGACCCGCUCUCGCACCUCCUCUUCACCAUCUCGUUCCACUGCAUCCCGCGCAUCAACGGCGUCCAGUCGCUCUCGUACCGCCAGGUCAUCGUCUGCACCGGGUCCAACACGCUCGAGCAGCUGCGCGCAAACCUCACCGUCGGCGGCGACAUCAUCCCGGUCGAGGAGCAGGACGACGUCGGCUCGGAUCAGGGAGAGGGGGACGACGACGACGACGAUGACGAGUCGAUGGGUCGCCGGGGGAGAGGGCGAGGGGACUCGGCUGGCAUCCUUGGCGGCGAGGACGGCGGCGACCGGACGAGGUGGAGGAACGAGCGGCGCGAGACGGGCUGCGCGUUCGUCGCUGAGGGCCUCGUCUACGCCGACGACGACGAGAACAAGCAGAACUACGCCGACCUCAUCCUCGCCGGCAUCGACCAAGUCGACUGGCCAACCGUCGCCGCCACCUCCUCGACACCUGUGCAGCCCUCGAACGACUCGGACGACGAGCUCCUCCCGCUCGCCUCGCUCGGCGACGCGUCGCAAGCUCGCGCAGCCGCACGAGCCGCCGCCGCUCGUCCACCUGUCCGCCCUGGCGACCAGGGCAAGCCCGACCUCAAGGCCGGCCCGCCGCUCAAGGACGUCAAGAUCGGCGACAUGCCACUGCGCGUCGGCCAGCCGUACCUCUACGUCCACCAGGGCAACAACGAGCACAUCUGGACCGUCGACGAGGUCCGCUACCUGCACCCGUCGGACCCUCCUCCCUUUCCCCCUGCGACCGUCCACCCUCGCUCGAACGCGUUCCAGCGCUUCGUGUCGCCGUACCCCCUCACGACCUUUCUCUCGCGCACGCUCGCCAUGCCGCGGUGCAGCAUCUGCCGCCUCGACCCGGGCGAGCUGCACACGGUCGACGACGAGCUGUCGGGCGAGACGCCCGCCGUCCUGUGCCGCACCUGCUUCGACCUCCUGCACCCGAUCCCGCCCGACAAGCGCCGGCAGCUCGGCCAGGGCGAGGCGCCACCGCAGGCCAACAAGCGCAAGCGGGCUGCGACGGCGGCGGACGCGCGGGCGGGGCAGGGCGGCGGGCCGGCGCAGCGCGACGAGGAGGAGGUGCCGGAUUCGGAGCGCCGGGGCAUGGACGGCGUCAAGGUCGUCCCUCUCCUCGUCGAGCCGUAGCUUUCUUGAGCAUGCAGUGCACUCUGUCUUGCGAGU